AGGUUAUAUAGCAGAGUAUUUUGUAAUGAUAGAGAGUACUUUUGUGUUGUUUGUUUGUGUUGUUUCGUGUUGUUUGUUUGUUAGUUUGUUAGUGUUGUUUCGUGUUGUUUGUUUGUGUUGUUCUCCUGCCUCCCUCCAGUCCAGCAGGGGGCGGGAAAGCACCUGUUUUCCGGGCAGAAGAAGAGUCGCUUCUCUUCCGGAGUGAAGGUCAUUCUCCCGCGGAAACAUGGCGGCGCCCGACGAGCUGUUCUGCUGGGAAGGAGCCUGGGGUCUGCCGUCCGUGAGCAGCGACUGCCUCACCGUGCUGGCCUACGCUCAGUUUGCAGGAGCUCCUCUGAAGCUCCGGAAGAUCUCCAACCCCUGGAGGAGUCCCAGUG